AUGUCGUCGGGUACUUACACGCUAUUCGACAUCCCUACCAAGGCGCCGCGAAGGUGCUGGUCGAUGAACACCUGGAGGACAAGAUUGCUCCUCAAUUACAAGGGUCUUGACUACAAGACAGAAUGGGUUGAAUACCCAAACAUCCGGCCUCGCCUGAACCAGCAUGUCUCCCCAAAUGAACAAGGUGUUCAGUUCACGCUUCCGGCUAUACAAAUGCCGGACGGCUCCUACGUGAUGGACUCAUACAAGAUCGCCGAGAUUAUUGAGGAAAAGCAUCCAGAGCCGAGCUUACCUCUGGACCAGCCGCUGCUGCUCAAAUUCCGAAAGAUCCUCAUAGAAUUCAUGGGUGCGCUCACGCCAAUCUACGUCCCCGGGGUAGCGCAGCGCAUCCUCGGCGAUGAGAGCAUUGACUACUUCCUCAAGACCCGCCAAGAGGAUGUAGGGAUGCCUCUGUACGAAUACGGAAAGCUUCGCGGCCCUGGAUCGUUUGACAGAGCUGAGCCGUUUGCGCGCCAGAUGACGGAACUUCUGAAGGAGACUCGCUCAGGACCAUAUUUCUUGGGCGAUCGACUCACAUACGUUGACUUCAUCUGGGCCGGCAUUUUGUUGUUCUUCAAGUGCCUGGGUGAUGACGAGUACCAGGAAAUACUGAAACGAAGCGGGGAUGCUGAGGCACACACUAGCUUCUUGGAAUCACUCAGCGCGUGGACGGAACGAGAUGACUAG